CGUGGAAAAGGGAUUGAGAGAAGGAGAAGAGAGAUUUGAGGAGAGGAAUAUCGGCUACUUUUCCUCCCGCCAUGUGAAGUGGAGAGGUGACGAGACAGAAGAGAAGACACAUUGGAACAAGCUCAGACAUGCCGGGACACAUGAAAUAGAACGGGCUCUCCCAUUGGCCGACACCCUUUGGAAUACGUACACCACCAACAAUAACUGGAAUGAAUAUCUUAUUCACUUCAUUCUUUGCAGCUGUGAGCAGGUGAGGGUUUAGAAUGACUGACGGAUGGACGGGUCAAUACGGGUGCAAUACACGGUGCUGUGCCUGACCUAGGGCCUAUACCCACACGUCUGGCUGCUGUGGACCCCGACAGCAUUCUAUGAGCAGGCUGCACAUUGGAACUCAGCCCUUGGAACUCAAAAAAAUAACUAUACAAUUUCCUUUGAAGACCGGACUUUAAUUACUAUCGACCGCUAUGAUGUAACCUCAAACGGGGUGUGUCCAAAACCAGACUUGAGAAGAUUGAAUCAUAGACCAGGAGACCAGACAACGAUCGACCGGCCGCCAUCGCUCACCUUUCCGAUGUAGAGCCCGAGAUGACGUCACACCGUCGCUGGUUCCUCCAUGUCCGCGUGGCGAUCUUCGUCCUGGUCUCCACCGCUGCCCUCUCCAGUCAGUUACGAGUGUGCGAGACCUACACCGACCACAAGGGGCACUCUCACUUCGGCUUCCACUGCCCCCGCCUGUCAGACAACAGGACCCUUCUGUUCUGCUGUCACCAUAACAACACGGCCUUCAAGUACUGCUGCAAUGAGACGGAGUUCCGAGGCAUCAUGGACGUCAACGCCAGCUCCUCCUCCUCCAGCAAGCACACUCAGAAUGACUACGCGGCCGUGAUCGGGGUGUGGGUCUACGGGUUCUUUGUGCUGGCGCUGAUCCUGGUGGACUUCCUGUACUACGCUGCGGUACACAGUGAGCUCUGCAGGGACUACCUGGUGGCCGCGGGCCUUGGGGGGGCAUGGCUGACCCAGGCACAGAGCCAGCCCCGGGGUGGGGAUGGGGACCCGCCCGCGGCCCUGACACAGGCCAUAGCGGAGAAGGGUCCUGCGUGUUCCGGCCGUCCAGACCCCCCCGGUCACCGGCAGCACGAGCCCCAGGAACUGAAGCCCGGCCUGGGCACGGAGGGCCAGCUCCGACCCGACACAUAGCACGACACGGAGAGAGACUCCGGAGAGCUAUCUGGAUAAAGGUUCACGGUUCCUUUCCUGGUCACGUGACCUGGCCAUGAUCUGCAAAUAUGUCCUGUGGACGCGGAACCAAGACUCAGAUGUUGGUUGGUUAAAAGAGGUUAAAGGCAUCCUGUCAAAGCCAACGGUUACCUAGCAACAAGCAGGUGAAGCCGGAGCAGCAGUAUGGCCUAGCAACCUAGGGCAGGUACUGUAUCAGAAAUGGUCCUAGUUAACGAACUCCAUCCAGAGACUGAACCGUGUAUAUCAAGAUCUUUUUUUCCAUCUUUCAUCCUUCAUCUGCGUCAAAUAUGGAUAAAGAUUUGUCAAUUAUGACAGCAUUAUAUUUGAAGUGAAUGGAUGAACAUGAACAGAUUCUGGAGAUACAGAAGAAAAGUUUACUUGAUAUCUAAAUCCAAGAACAGUAAAUUCAAAAAGAAGAGUCACUAUUCUAUUGUUGUGGUCUAUGUUUGACUUUAGCAUCACAGCCUUCUGUGUAGGUAAGAUCCAUGGUUAUACACACUUUAACCAUUAACGACUGUUAAUUAACAUGCUCAUUAAGAAAUAGCAAUAAUGUGUAAUGUGACUUAUUGCGGAAACGUUUUUGUGGUAAACUAGAUUUCUAGUUUCUCUGCUUUCCAAAUGUACACUUAGGGCAUCUAUAGUGUCUGCCUACAUUGUAUUAGUAAAGUGUGUGGUGUAUACAGAUAGUAUUAUACAUAAAUAAGAUGAGAUUUAUUAGAUACCUGCUGUAAACACUUCUAACGUGUUGUAAUGUCAUCUUGACGUUAGGUUAGCUAGAGAGUUCACUGCUAUUGUUUACCCAUAAUAUAGAAGUAGACUACAUUGUUGUUUGAUGAGCUUUAUCCGUUUAGCCGACCUGAGAAUGACUAAUGGAUCAUACUGUAGCACUGAGGUGCUUAAUGCACAAGUUAAACGAGUCAGCACUUUAUGAAACACUUUGUUGAGACAGCAGAGCAAAAUAAAUGGUAGCCUAUAAAAUGGUGAAAGUUAAAAACGUUAACCUAUGGCACAAUAUGUGUUUGUAAAUGUGUCACAAAAUCGUAGGUAUAUACGCAAACGUGCAGAUUGUGAAGCUAUGCAAAUAUAGGAUGUGGUCCGAUGUUCAGUGUGUAAGGACAGAGGGCUUACCGGUUAAUAUAUUCAGUUUUAUGCAGCUACUGUAGCAGUCCUGUGGGGAUUCCAUGCAGAACAUUUGUUUUCUAGUGUCUCAAGAAUAUCUAUCUCGAACUCUCUCGAAAUAGCAUCCGAGAUGUGCAGACUAGAUUAUGAUUAUUAUUCAUCAUUCAGGCUUCAAUUGAUUAUU